AUGGCUCUUUUUAUUACAGAAUUCGCCUUGCGAUCAAGGGAGAACCGUAUUCAAGAGCUUAAAGAUACGAUUUUAAAAUACAUAGGAAGGAAACCCGAGGAUCAAUUGCCUAACGUGUCAGUGAAUAUUACGAAAGAUUUACCCAAGUUUUGGAACUUACCUAACAUCUCAUCUAACGAUCAAGUCACCGAAAAGAUUCGCAGCUUUUAUCCAUCUUGUGAAAUCCCUGCAAAUACUGACCAAGAUCUAUGGAAAGAUGACGAUAUUAUGAAUCUUUUCUUUAAUUUUGAUAUUUUCUCCGAAUCUAAAAAUUCAAACAUCGCAACAGCGACGUUAAGAUUAUAUAGACUCCCUGAAAAUAAUACAAAAACAAAUAAUAAACCAGAUUCUGAGAAUUUUAACUCUGCGGAGGAAGAAAAAUUGUUAAGAGUAUCUAUAUAUUGGUACACAAAAUCUUUAAAAAAGAGGAGAGUUAAGAAACGCCUAUCUGACAGUAAAGUCAUAUCAGAAACAGCACAAUGGGUAGAUCUCAGUGUCAAACCAGCCACCAGAGCCUGGUCAAGAGGUAGAAACCUUGGUAUAGGAGUGCUUGUAGAGGAUCAGGAAGGAAAUACUCUGCGAGCAAAUCGCAUCUUCAAAGGAACAUCAUGCACGGUUGGAUUUUCCACACCAAAACCCAUACCUACCCUCAUCGUUGACGCAGCCCGGCAAACAAACGAACUGGACAGAAUUCAUAGCUUACUUGGACGCAAUUCAACAUCAGCCUUACAUAGUGACAUACAUAUGUUACCAACAUUAGAUAUUUGCACUUUGGAGUUCCCAGAAAAUUACACUUUUUCAGCAAAAUCUCGAAUAAACGCCUGCAAUCUUAAAAAAAUGUACGAACAAAGCCAGUUAAUGGCAGAAAAAGAAAGAAUGGAGCGCUUAGCAUCAUUGCCUGAUCUGGUGAGGCCACAGUCUCAACAGAGACAUAUCAGGCAUCAAAGGCAACAUAUGAGUAACAAGCAGAAUGAAGAUUUAGACAAUAAUUUUGACAUUAGGUCUAGGAUAACGGGGCAAAAGAUUGUCGUAAAGCACGAGGAAUUACAAAAUUUGACGCAUAAUAAUCCAAAUCUGUCUGUAAUUAACCGAUAG